AAAUAACACACACACAUAAUAUAGAGGGAAUUUGUAAGGGCGUAUUAGUCACUCCACGUCAAGUGAAAAAAACCCUACAAAUGUUCCCUUUUUAUCACACAGAGCAAACUUGCAGCUGCAUCUCAGCUUAACUCGGGAUCUCAAUCCUCUCCGCAUCGCCGGCGAAAAGUCACCUGAAAAAAUGGGAGUGUUCACCUUCGUGUGCAGAGCUUCCGGCGACGACUGGUCGGCUAAGCAGCUUAACGGCGAUCUGGAGGCUUCCGCCGCCUCCACUUUCGAGCUCCAGCGCAAGCUCGUUCAAGCCGCUCUCUCCUCCGACUCGUCCGGCGCCGUUCAGUCUUCCUUCUCCCACGUCACUCCUUCGUCUGGCGUGUUUCAGGUAAUCAUCGGUGGCGUAGGUCGUGGUGGCUUUAUCGGAGGAGGUGGCAGCGCUGCACCGGCAGCCUCUGGUGGUGGUGCGGCUGCUGAAGCACCUCCGGCCGAGGAGAAGAAGGAAGAGAAGGAGGAGAGCGAUGAUGACAUGGGAUUCUCACUUUUCGAUUAGGUUUUCGUCAUUUUUUGAGCUUUAUGCUGUUAACGUUUGCUUCGUUUAUGGAUUUUGCUACCGUGGUUGAAACUCUAGUUUUGAUAUAAUUACUUAAUUGUGGGUUGAGUUCUUUUGUUGUGAUCCAACAAAUUGCCUUUGUCGUUGCUAGUAUUUGAAUAUGUGAUAGGCUGAUAGCUAUGAAGUUUGUAUCGAAUUUCUGGUUUUUCAAUGAGGCGAACAAAAAUUUGGUCCGUAUGAAUGUGUAAUGAUGCUGAAGGGGGAUUUUCUUAGAUUAAGAUGUUUUAGAAAACAUGAUGUGCUGUUUUGCUGGCGAUCCCCGAGUUAGUGUAGGGGCAGGCCCAAAGAAAAGCAUAUAGGCUGGCAAAAUACGACGAGUGCUAAUUAGAUUAUAUGUUCAGUUCAAUUCUUACCAUUGUGUUAUCUUUUAAUAUAUUUGACGAGAUUUGGCUAUUCCAUA